UGGCAGAAUGGGGCUGGACUAGAUGGCCCCCCAAGUCUCUCCCAACUCUAGGUGGAGUCCCAAGAAGAGGGGGAGAGGGGGCGUGGCCUGGGAGGAGAGGCCCCGCCCACAGCAGGAGCAGGUUUCCCGGGGGGAGAGUUGCAGAGACAAAGAGGCAGCAGCUGGACUCGCUCCUUCCCGAUCACGCGACCUUGCUUCACGACAUCUUCCGAUGGAGAAGGGAAGAGGUUCUUCAGCCCUGACGGAGCCCAGAGUGAAGAUGGAGGAGCCAAACCAGACCAGCCCUGAAGGGGGAAGAGAGCCCAGCACAAUGUGGGGCAGGAGAAGGGUUGGGGUCCCAGGCAGAAUGGGACAGGAUGUCCUGGAGGAGAAGGCCUUCAGCACAGAACUUCAGUGCCAACGCUUCAGGUGCUUCUGCUAUGAGGAAGCCUUGGGGCCCCGGGAGGUGUGCAGCCGCCUCCACUCUCUCUGCCGCCUGUGGCUGAAGCCUGAGGAACAUACAAAGGCGGAGAUGCUGGACCUGGUGCUCCUGGAGCAGUUCCUGGCCGUCCUUCCUGCGGAGAUGGAGCGCUGGGUGAGGGAAUGUGGGGCAGAGACCAGUUCCCAGGCCGUGGCUUUGGCUGAAGGAUUCCUCCUGAGUCGGGCAGAAGAGGAGAAGGCGCUGCAGGAAGAGCGGCAGGAGAGAGAAGUCCUUCAGGCCCAGGUGGUCCCAUUGGGGACCAGCAAGACGUUCCCUUCCAGGUGGAUCAAGCUGGAGGAGGAGGAGGACACAGGAGAGUCUCCGCCAGGGGAAGAGCCAAGGAUGCUGGGAAGCCACAAUUACUCAUCUCUUUGUGAAACAGAAGACACAGGCUCAAUGGAGCAGGAUCAGGUGACUUUUGAGGAUGUGUCUGUUUAUUUCAGUGAGGAGGAGUGGGCCCUUCUAGAUCUGGAUCAACAGGCCCUGCAUUGGGUGGUCAUGGGAGAGAAUUAUAAGACAUUGGCCUCUUUCGGUGUUGCUGAAAAAGAGAGUGAAAAUGUGGGAGCACCAUGUAAAGUUUGGCUGGAAACAGCAAGAUAUAAAGAAGGGGGAAAGAGUAUCAUGGAAAUGGAAUCAGAAGAAUAUAGAAGGAAGGAGUGUUCUACCAAUACGAGGGAAAUCACACAAGAAACGGUUGACAAAAGCAGGCCGAUCAGAAACUGCCUUGUCUUUGAGAAUAGCUUCUUGCAUGAGGAAUCAUGCCUGAAUGAUGAUAUCACAAAUGAUAUAGAGAAAGGACAAUAUAAAUGCAAUCAACUGGAAGAAAGCUUUGGCUCUGGUAUACACCUUACAAACUAUGACAAUCCACUAAUGGUGCACAAGCCAUAUAAUUGCCUGGACUGUGGGAAAUGUUUCCAUCAUAAAGAAAGCCUAAGAAGACACCAAAAAUCCCACUUGGAACAGAAGCCGUUUAAGUGCCUAGAAUGUGGAAAAGGCUUUACUGAAAAGAGAACUCUCAUUGGACAUGAAAUGAAUCACAGAGGAGACAAACCCUAUAAAUGCCUGGAAUGUGGAAAAGGUUUUCUUCAAAAGAGAAAUCUCAUUGGACAUGAAAGGAACCACAGAGGAGAGAAGCCCUAUCAAUGCCUGGAGUGUGGGAAGAGUUUCUGCUUGAGAAAUACUCUCAAAGUGCACCAAAAGACCCACUUGGGGGAAAAGCCACAUAAAUGCUUGGAGUGUGGGAAAAGCUUUGCUGAAAAGAGAACUCUCAUUGGACAUGAAAUGAGUCACAGAGGAGAGAAACCCUAUAAAUGCCUGGAGUGUGGAAAAGGGUUUCUUCAAAAGAGAAAUCUCACUGGACAUGAAAUGAGUCACAGAGGAGAGACACCCUAUGAAUGCCAGGAGUGUGGGAAGAGUUACAGCCUUAAAUCUGUUCUUAUCUCUCACCAGAACAGUCAUACAGGGCAGAAUGGUCAUAAAGAAGAGAAAUCAAAGAUGUGUCUAGAGUGUGGAAAGAGCUUCCAUCGGAGAGCAAGUCUCAAGAAGCACCAAAAUAUCCACACAGGAGAAAAGCCGUAUCAAUGCCUGGAGUGUGGGAAAUGCUUCCGUCGAAAAGAAGCCCUAAGCAGACACCAAACAACCCACUCAGGAGAAAAGCCAUAUACAUGCCUGGAGUGUGGGAAAAGCUUCAGUCUAAAAGAAGCUCUAAGCAGACACAAAAGAAUUCACACAGGAGAAAAACCACAUAAAUGCCCUGACUGUGGAAAAGGUUUCUAUCUAAACGGAGACCUCAACAGACACCAAAGAACCCACACAGGAGAGAUGACAUAUAGAUGCCUGGAGUGUGGAAAAGAGUUCUGUCAAAAAGGAAAACUCAAGAGACAUCAAAACAUCCACACAGGAGAGAAACCAUACAAAUGCCUGGAGUGUGGGAAAAGCUUCCGUCUAAAAGAAGCCCUAAGCAGACACCAGACAACCCACUCGGGAGAAAAGCCACAUAAAUGCCUGGAGUGUGGGGAAAGCUUCCAGCAAAACCGAGCCCUAAACAGACACCAAAAAAUACACAUGGGAGAGAAGCCAUAUACAUGCCUGGAGUGUGGAAAAAGCUUCUGUCAAAUACGGGCCCUAAGUAGACACCAAGCAACCCACUCAGGAGAGAAGCCAUAUAAAUGCCAGGAGUGUGGGAAAUGCUUUCGUCGAAAAGGAGCCCUAAGCAGACACGAAAAAACUCACACAGGAGAGAAACCAUAUAAAUGCCAGGAGUGUGGAAAGGGCUUUAUUGCCAAGAGAAGUUUCAUUGGGCAUCAAAUGAACCACCGGGGAGAGGCGCCCUAUAAGUGCCAGGAGUGCGGCAAGGGCUUUAUCUACAAAAGAGGUCUCUUCCUGCAUGAAAUGAACCACAGAGGAGAUAAACCCUAUAGUUGUCUAAAAUGUGGGAAGAGUUUUAACUGCCAAUAUGUCCUGAAAAAUCACCAGAAUACUCAUGUCGAAGAAAAGCCCCACACAUGCCUGGAAUGUGGGAAGAGCUUCAGUUGGAUAGAAAGCUUCAGGUACCACCUAAAAACCCACACAGGAGAGAAGCCGUAUAAAUGCCUGGAGUGUGGGAAAGCCUUUUCUCAGAGGAAAUAUCUCACUGGGCAUCAGAUGCAUCACAGAGGAGAGAACCCCUAUCAGUGUCUGGAAUGUGGGAAGAGUUACAUGUUCAAAUCAGGUCUCAAAAGUCACCAGGAGAGAAAGCAUGCGCAUGCCAAGAGUGUGGGAAAAGUUCAGUCUUCUCCAGAAUAGCCACACAAUGAAGAAAACACAUCUGGACAGAAAGCCAAUUUAGCCGUUGCAUUGAUUUUCUUUUCUAGUGUAAAAAUUUAUUCAAGACAUGUUAGAUCUACUUUUGUCACACUUUCAGGAAUAGUACGGGCCUAGUGCACUGUUGAUGCCUCACCAGCUGAUGUGAUGUAUCCACACUGAUUUCCUCCUUUUCAGAUGUAUGUUGCUGUCAGGAUUUUGCUCAGUUUCUUCUACGCUUUUUGCAGAUUUUGACAGAGAAAUAAAGGUAUUUUAUGUCUGCAUAUUGUAAUGUACAUGUGUCAAUCACCAGGCCUGCCAUGUCUGUUUACUCCCUUUGAUCAAUAGCUUUGCCAAAGUGGAGGCAAAGGAAGACAAAAGAGCCAGGUUGAAUGAACAGACACUUUCCUCCCUCCCUCCUUUCAUCCUCCUGGCACUGUGUUAGGGAUUCCUCAUCUUCAGAAAAGGAAGGGGAGCAGGAAAGUGUUCAGGAAUUAAAGGGGGAGUUGGAAUCUGAGGAGGAAAUUUUGCAAGUACCCACAUUUCAGGAAAGGCAAAAGGAAACAGAGCAGAGACGCUGUACAGCUAGAAUAGCUGCCAGAAAUGCUAAAGUAAUUGGGAACUGCCCUAGCAGCUGCAGCGUGGGGGAACUCGGGGCUAUAAAUCAGAAGCAGGAGUAGUCAGCUUUCGCUGGUAACAAACUGACUCUAAUGCUUAAGCCUUUGCUCCCCUUGUGCCUGCUUCGAGUCUGCGUUUGGGAAACUGCUCCUAAGGAUUUAUUGUUGCUUCUUUGUCUGAAGUAAGACUGCUGCUUGAUUUGGGAAUUUAUCAGAGACUUAAAAACUGUGUUUGCAUUAAGACUUCUUUGCUUUCUUCUGCAUUAUUCAACUGUGUGUGCUGUUCUUUAUGUUUUGCUGAAGUAAAGCAGUUUUCAUUUACUUA